CACACACACACAGACACACAGACAGACACAACCACAGACACACACACAUACAGACACAAACACACACACAGACACACAGACACACACACAGACACACACAACCACAGACACACACACAUAGACACAGACACACACACAGACACACACACAGACACACACACAGACACACACACAGACACAACACCCGCGCUCGCUUCCUCUCCUCAGAACCAGAAUCUUCCGUAUCGAUACACCGGCCGACAUCAGAGCAUCGAUCCGCCGAUGAGACCAGAGACAUGCAGCCGACCCAGAGCUUCAGGGUGGACGACUUCAUCGCGGGCUGCAUCGGAGGAAGCUGCAGCGUGGUCGUGGGUCACCCGCUGGACACCGUGAAGACGCGGCUGCAGGCCGGCCGAGGAUACAAGAGCCUCCUCCACUGCGUCCUCAGCAUCUACAGGAAGGAGACGGCGAUGGGCUUCUUCAGGGGCAUGUCCUUCCCUCUGGCCAGCAUCACCAUCUACAACUCGGUGGUGUUCGGCUUCUUCAGCAACGCGCAGAGGCUCAUCAGCCAGCAUCGCCAUGGCGACGGGCGCCACCCGUGCGGCAUGGCGGACCUCGCCGCCGCCAGCAUGCUGACGGGCCUGAUGUCGGUGGGCCUGGGCGCCCCGGUGGACCUGGUGAAGAUCAGGCUGCAGCUGCAGACGCAGAUGGUCCUUGCAGAGAACUUGAACCUGGCCGGCAACGUGCCGAGCGGCAGCAGCAUCCCGCUGCGCUCCCUCGGCAUCCCCACCGCCCAGAGCGCCUACCGGGGGCCCCUGCACUGCGUCAGCAGCAUCCUGCAGACCGAGGGCCUGCCGGGCCUCUACCGGGGCGCCGGCGCCAUGGUGCUGAGGGACGUGCCCGGCUACAUGCUCUACUUCAUCCCCUACACCGUCUUCUGCAACCUGCUGAAGCCCGACGGCACGGCCAGCCUCCACCCCGGCUCCAUCGUGCUGGCCGGAGGCCUCGCAGGGUCGAUCUCGUGGGUCACGGCGACGCCGGCCGACGUGGUGAAGAGCCGUCUGCAGGCCGACGCCCACCCGCAGAGGAAGUACCGCGGCAUCGUGCACUGCAUCAUGCAGAGCUACAAGACGGAGGGCGCGCAGGUUUUCUUCCGCGGCGCCUCGGUCAACGCCAUCCGAGGCUUCCCGAUGAGCGCCACCAUGUUCCUGACCUACGAACUCUCCCUGCAGUUCUUCAGAGGUCUCUAGGCCGGAGGAGACGUGUUGGGGGGGGAGGAGCUUAACUCUUGAGUGGGGAGAGGAGCUUCGCUUAACACUGGACCCACUCAAAGAUCCUAAUAGGCUAAAUAACAGAGCUAACAGCUAACAAAACUAACAGAGCUAACAGCUAACGGAGGUUACAUUGAAUGACAUCAUGAUGCGUUCAAGGUCUAUUCAGUGAAUCAUUUAUUAGUUGGAAUGCUUCAGCAGUCCAACUCUUGUUUGACUCAAUAACGUUAUCAUGAUGUGUUCAUAUUUGUCACUGUGGCACAACUUUUAGUGAUUAUACAACCAUUAUUUUAGUGAUUAUAUAACCAUUAUUUAAUGACUAUAUUACUCAUUAUUUCAAUGACUAUAUAGUCAUUAUUUUAGUUAAACAUCCAUCCAAGGUAUUAUCUACCUGUAUAUAUUAUGUUUGCAUUUCUUAUAUUUAGAAAAGGGAGUUUGACGAGUAAAUUAUCAGUUCACCUUUUUUAUGUAAUACUGUAAAUUCAGACACUGAGCAACACAGUUACAUUAUUGUUUUUAAAAGGUCUGCACCAUGAAUGUAGAAUUACUAAUCUCACCAGUUGAAAGACAUCUUUAGGUCUAUUUUCAUCCUAAAUCAUCACUUUGAUGGAUUAAAACCACAUUUAAACUCGUGGGUUUUAGGACAUAACUGUCUUUUUGCAUUCUGCCGGCCUGAUAGCAAUGUUUUAAAUAGUUUUAUUGUCCUGUAAAUACUUGUAAAUAUGUAAACUGCCAUGUCAAAGAAGUGUUUUAUUGUAAAUAAAUAAAGCUUUUAAACACACGA